CCUAGCGGGCGCUAAGGGCGCACCGGACAAACACUCGGGAGGAGAAAGAAGGACAGAGGACGAGAAUUCGCGUCUAUCGGUAUACGUGUACUGCCGGUAUCAUUUUUUUUUCUCCGUCGUACUUUGGUUACAAUACUUUCGCGUAUUUUUGGUACACACGCGUCAUUUCUUACGCUACUCGCACUCGCGCUGAAAUAACUGUUACAGAUAUAUAUACAUAUAUUUAUACAUACGAGCAAAGUGUUAUAAGGCCAAAGUCGCCAAAGUGUACAGACGUCGAUUAACUUAUCACACAUAAUACUAGAUAAGCCUCGAUUUGGUGUUUACAUAUAUACACGCGCGCGAUUCGACUUGACGUGUAUAUUUAGACACCGUCAACUCCGAUCGUUCCACGUACAAUCGGCAAUUCGCAAGCGCUCGGAAGAUAAAAGUAUAUACACAGGCUACAAAACUUUGAGUCGCCUGUAUCUGGGCAGAAAAAGAGGAAAAAGAAAACAAGUGUAGCUACGCCUUCGCUCACCGGCACUGCUGUCCCUCUGCGAAAGGGAAAAACUUAUCUAGAUGUGUUCCAUAGCAAUACCAGCGGAGCUUCUGUUGGGCCACAGCCCCCCGGUGUACGGUUCGCUGUUGUACAGCUCCCUGAUGGUGACGACGCCGCCCAUAGCCAACAGAACGGUACCGCCGCAGAUAAGGCCCUGCUUGACGCAGGGUUCCCUACAACUGGUGGGUCUCCUCAAGGGAAGCAGCAGCAACAACGGCAACGAUGACGCCAACAACAGCAACAAGCAGCGCAACAAGAAGAGGGUCGUCUUUGCCGACGACCGUGGCCGGCCGCUCACACAGGUGCGAGUCAUGUCGGAGCCAAGUAACAUGCCACCGCUGUGGACCUCGGCUUACGUGGCGAGCCUCGCCCACGGGGGCGUCUUCCGCAACCUGGACGGCAGCCUCGCCAGUACCCCGCAAAACGGCUCCUCCUCCUCCUCCGUCGACUGCACCGACAGCAGUACCACGCCGUUGGAGCACGCGGGAGCUGGGGACCAGCCGUGGGAGGCGUGCUUCCCCCAACCGGCGAGCGAUUACCUGGCCUUCCGGGGCAAGCUCGAGUCCAACCUCGUCAGCCUCGAGAACGUGAUAGUCCGGGAGACGGAGGGCUGCCUCGUGGGCACGGUCAAGGUGAAGAACGUCGAUUACGACAAGGAGGUGACGUUGCGCGUAACAACCGACAAUUGGCGGAGUUACGUGGACGUGGGGUGCAGUUACGUCGAGCAGCCGGGGUUGGCGCGCGGUGGCGCGGUGCCCAGCCUCUACGACACGUUUAGGUUUCGGGUGGCGCUGCCGAGGACGGAGGAGCACCGGCAGGUCGAGUUUUGCGUGCGCUACAGGUGCGCGGGCCAGGAGCACUGGGACAACAACGCGGGGGCCAAUUACGUCGUCAAGAAGAAACGCGACGCACGAGCGAGCCUCGAGGAGCAGGUAGCCGAGCUGCUGAACGCCUGCUGCGGCCCGAGCUCGUGCCACAGCAGCUUCGGCAAAGCGCGCCAAAUCAACAUCAACAGGAAUGACCGGCCGGCCGGCGAGGCGACGCGAGUCAACCUGCGCACUUGGAGCGAGUUCGCGUCCUGGCAGCACCUGGGAACUGACGGGCCCUACUGGUAACUCGCACGGGUGAGGGCUCCAAUAAUCCAACUCGUCCCCCGCAUCCCCCUUUUUUCCCGCGAUCCAUCGACUCUUUGUCUCAUCUUCGUCUUCGCAUCGUCCCUCCCCCUCCCAAUGUUUUACCACCCAAUUUGCACAGUCCCACCGAUCUGUGAGCCCUCCUCCUCCUCCUCCUGUGCGAAUAUCGCACGUGUGAGCAUGCGGACGCGAGAGAGAGGAAAAAUAAUGGAAGAAAGAGGUCGAGCCGUUCACUCGUCGUGUACAUGAUUCUGCUGCUGGGUGGCUGAUCUGAUGCGAUGACCACGAUGAUAAUGGUAAUGCUGGUGAUGAUGACGGAGGAUACAAGGACACUCCUCGCCUCCGUGGAUUAACUUCUAUUGUUCGGUUCAAUGACGCAAAAUCAAGUGUUGCAUCUUCGUCCGACAUCACCACCAAUUUUCUGGUUCCUAUAAACAUGUGUCAAGAAGUAACGAAUCCUAAUAUAUUAUGUAUAGUGUAGACUGAAGAGACAGAGGGAGAGAAAAUGAAGAUCCAGUGACGAUGGAAGCCUCGCGAUUUUUUAAACAAACAAUUCGAUAAACAGUAGUAGUGUAUAGUAUGACAUUACGGUAAUGGGUUUUACGGUUGACGAAGACGAGCGCGUGGGACGUUUAUAGUAGUGAUAAUUGUGUAUAUUUUAAAUAAUAGGCAAAAGUUUGCUUCUUGUAUCUUAGACGUACAUGUAUGUAUAAAUCGAGAAGACGCCCGAUUUGUUAUGUAUACGCGCAAAGUUUGUUGAACAUAAAAAAAAAGAAAAAAA